GCGGACUUGGGCUGAGGUUCCCGGGCGGGCAGGCGGGCAGGCGGGCGGGCGCUGAGAGACGCGGGAAGCAGGGGCUGGGCGGGGGUCGCGGCGCCGCAGUCCGCGCAGCCAGCCCGAGGGGCCGCCGCCGCCGCCGCCCCGCGCGCUCCGGGGCCGCCGCCAGCACCCGCCCCGCCGCAGCUCCGGGACCGGCCCCGGCCGCCGCCGCCGCGAUGGGCAACGCCGCCGCCGCCAAGAAGGGCAGCGAGCAGGAGAGCGUGAAAGAGUUCUUAGCCAAAGCCAAAGAAGAUUUUAUUAAAAAAUGGGAAAACCCUUCUCAGAACACAGCCCAGUUGGACCAUUUUGAACGCAUCAAGACCCUCGGCACGGGCUCCUUUGGGCGGGUGAUGCUGGUGAAGCACAAAGAGACGGGGAACCACUAUGCCAUGAAGAUCCUGGACAAACAGAAGGUGGUGAAGCUGAAGCAGAUUGAACACACGCUGAAUGAGAAGCGCAUCCUGCAGGCCGUUACCUUCCCGUUCCUCGUCAAGCUCGAAUUCUGCUUCAAGGACAACUCGAACCUCUACAUGGUGAUGGAGUAUGUGCCCGGUGGGGAGAUGUUCUCACACCUGCGCCGCAUCGGGAGGUUCAGUGAGCCCCACGCCCGCUUCUACGCGGCCCAGAUUGUGCUGACCUUCGAGUACCUGCACUCCCUCGACCUCAUCUACCGGGACCUGAAGCCCGAGAACCUGCUCAUCGACCAGCAGGGCUACAUCCAGGUCACGGACUUCGGCUUUGCCAAGCGCGUGAAAGGCCGCACCUGGACUUUGUGUGGGACCCCUGAGUACCUGGCCCCUGAGAUCAUCCUCAGCAAAGGCUACAACAAGGCAGUGGAUUGGUGGGCUCUGGGGGUGCUCAUCUACGAGAUGGCUGCGGGCUACCCCCCUUUCUUCGCCGACCAGCCCAUCCAGAUCUAUGAGAAGAUCGUCUCUGGAAAGGUCCGGUUCCCGUCCCACUUCAGCUCCGACCUGAAGGACCUGCUGAGGAACCUGCUGCAGGUGGACCUGACCAAGCGCUUCGGCAACCUCCGGAACGGGGUCAGCGACAUCAAGGGCCACAAGUGGUUCGCCACCACUGACUGGAUCGCCAUCUACCAGCGCAAGGUGGAGGCCCCCUUCAUACCAAAGUGCAAAGGGCCCGGGGACACGAGUAACUUCGACGACUACGAGGAGGAGGAGAUCCGCGUCUCCAUCAACGAGAAGUGUGGCAAGGAGUUCUCGGAGUUCUAGGGGUGCGCCUCAGCCCCCGUCGGGCCCUCGCUUUGCUUAACGAUUUUCUUUUCUUUUUCCUUUUUUUUUUUGGUGGGGGCUGGCGGGUUGGACAGCCCGAGGGUCCCCUCAGAGUCCAGAUUUCAGCCCCAGGCGGUGGGGAGCAGGAAGCCCAGGUGAUGGAAACGGCAGAGACACUGCCGCCCCCUCCGCCACGCCACCCUCUCCAGCCCCUACCCUGCCCCAACCACUUGUUUUAAAUAAGUUUACCUAGGGUAGGGGUGCACUGGGGUCACUGGGAAGAAGGCUGCUCAACCCAAGCGACCCCUGCCCCCACAGCCUGGCUGUGGCCCCAGCAUGAAAGAGGGAAGGAGCACGCAGGCCCAGGAGCACCGCUGCGCCCGCGCGCUCGCUCACCCUGGGACCAGAGAACAGAGCGAUGCGCACGGGAACGCGCACGGGGCUUCUAGCUGGAAUAUUUGAAAAGACAAUUGACUAUCUCACUUACGUUCCAGCAGUGCCUCCUGCCUCCCUCCCGCCACCCCUGUCCUGCCCACCCGCCUCCCCGAAUCCAUUUGAACCCGGCUGGGAAGCAGAGCACCUUUGGAGGAAGGAGCUGGGGGGCUCGAACCUCGGACCUCCACCGCCCCCUCUGCUGCUCAUCGCCACCUUCCCCCUGCCCCUGCCGGGGGCGUCUGGGGCAGUCCCGACCUCCAGCAGCGCUGCCUCCUGCCCCGACACCAUUCUCAGCCCCUCGGGGCUUCGGGACCCAGACAAAGCAGCCGCCCCUCUCCCUGCAAAAGUCGCAGGCACCCGGGCCCAGGGCCAAGGACCCACUCGCCCUGCCCCCCUCCCCGAACUCCGCAGUUUUAUUCUCAGCUACAUGCCCAGCCGCCCCUGCCUCAGCUCAGUUGGGAAGGCAAGCUCCCCCUAAAAAAAAUAAAUAAAAAGACUUGGAUUAGGCAGAGACCCUCCCCCACAGGGCCCGGGGUUCAAGGUCAGGGCUGUGGGGAGGGGCCGCCUGGUCCAUCCACCCAAGCAACUCCGGGUCUCCCACCCACCCCGAUCCCGGGCCCCCCACCCUCAUUUUUGCUGUCUUCUCCCAGGAGAAAAGCGGGGAGCCACCCCAUCCACCCGCCCACUUGUCCCUGCCCCAACUUCUCCCGGUCCCGGGAGGAGCUCCGAGGCCAGGGUGGGCGGCCCAGGGGGUGCUGGGGCGAUUCAACCUGUGCGGGAAGGGCCGACUUCCUGAACCGUGUGCUGUUGUAAACAUAUUUGAAAACUAUUACCAAUAAAGUUUUGUUUAAAAAAAA